AUGAACACUGCCGACCAAUUUGACGGCAAAAUUGCCGAGUACAUUGAGAAAGCCAGGUCGUUGAGGGAGCAGCGAAACUCGCAGAUCCCCCUCAUCUCCCGAAUUCCGAGUGAACUCCUAGCAGGUGUUUUUGAAUUCCUUGCUCAAGUAGACCCGGACGAGCCUUCCCCGAGCCCAUACCAUCAACCGGAGAGGUCAUCUGGCGAUUACCACCCUUGCGAAAACGUAACUCGUGUCUGCCGCAAGUGGAGAAUCCUUGCAUUGAGCAUGUCUUCCAUCUGGGGGAUUUUCUACGCCAAUUGCUCACAGCAAUGGAUGGACUAUAUUAUCGCGGAAAGAUUAAAGUCAAUGUCGCCUAUUUCCAUACGGUCUCCACACAAGCGGCGGUUCCAACAACGCGACGUGCUUGCCUUACGACUGGACUCCGAACGAUUCAGUCACCUGGAUCUCGUACUAGACUCCGAUCGGACGAUGAAUCUCAUGCAUAAAGUCCUGCGGUCAAAGAAUUUACCGGAGCUCAACACCCUAUGUAUGACUCUUGACAGGACCAAGUGUCACAGUCCGGACCCAAAUGGCUUUGUGUGGAGGGCGGAAGCACCCCGCCUUCACUCGCUUCGUCUUGAACACGUCCUUCUCAAGGUUCAGAUCGCAUCUUUCCCUUCCCUUCAAGAAUUUAAACUUGAUCUCUCUUCAUUUCAUGGCCGUCUACACCCUGUCCAACUUCUCAACGCCCUCCACGCCAUGCCUCAACUUCGCACCUUUGAAUGUCUUGGCCUAUUGGAAUAUAGAGACAGGAAACCUAUACCAGCGGAUCUACAAGUUGAGCUGCCUCAUCUAGAGCAUCUUGCCAUCUCAAAAUUUCGUUGGGAGGACCUCGUCAUCUUCGAACAUAUCACGACAAAGCCGCUAAUCUCUUUUCGUAUCGACCUCCUUGCGCAGACAGAAACCGCUCUCCCAGAUUUGCAAUCUAUAUGGAAGCUACUGCCCCCUCCCUCCGCCUCUAUUGACUCAUGGCACACCAUCCUCCAUAAGAGAUUGUACGGAGCCGACGAUAAAUUUGGUCUAGUCAUGCAGAUAUCAUCUCCGUCUCCCGAAUUCCGUUUCGAGCUGGCAACUGAAUUCAAACUGGUGGGAGCGACACGGCAUGUUGAAAGUGAUAUAUAUUCCUCGCUGCCUUCAGCGUCGACGCCGGACGUCGUUGCAUUAACUUCGCAGUGGCAGCAUCGGCCUUGUCCCAGCCUGAAGAGAUUCGCCCUCGAUAUGGCCGGAGUAGCAGAAUUCCACUUCAUCGACCUCACACAAUUGUUGGAGGCGUUAUUGCCUAACCAACACCUAGAAGGGGUCCACCCUCCUUUGCAGAACGCUGCUACCCGAGCGACGAAGUCGAAAUCAAAACUGGUCAAACCAGCUUCACAGAACGGAUUCACGCUCUCUAGCUUCCCAAUUUAUCUCCCGGGAUUGCGGCGCAUUGUAGUUGUGCAGCAGGCUGAUCUCGGGGGAUCGUUGAAUAUCAUCUUGAGUUACCUAGGUCAGAUUUUCCUGAAGCGGAAAAAACGAGGCUUGCCCAUCAUGGUCGUGAAAUUGGGACAACUCUCACUGGACGCAGAGCAAAGAAUGCUUGUGGGAGACGGCAUUAGCACUGAGCUGACAUUUAUCAACCAAGAUGAUUGCAAGCAUUAUCUGAGUACUUCGCUAAAGGAGUUGCCAAAACAUUUACGCUGA